AUGAUGGCAGACACCAAACGCAAUAGCGUUGCGGGAAAGGUUGCGACACCAAAGUCUGGAGGCAGCCCAGCGAUGCAGCCUCUCCAGGAUCCGUUCGAGUCGCUGGGGAAGGUCAUCGGAGCGAGAGUCAAGAUCACUACCGCUCCCCAUUCACAAACCUACGAGGGCACGCUGUAUACCGCCGACCCGAUAUUGAACAUCGUCGCCAUCAACACGCGAGCAGCAUCCGCCAAUUGCGCAGCACAAGUUGGCGAUUACCACAUCAUACCGUCAUCGACCAUCCGUAACUUCCAGAUCGUUGAUCUCGCACCAGGAGGAGCAGCAGGAGACGCCAGCUUCACAAGCGCAGCGUCAGCGAUCGGACCGAUCGAUCCAAGACAGCUGCAAAAGCGCGAAGAAACUCGCGUUGCGCAGCUCAAGGAGCAAGAGGAAAACAGAGGAAGGGGCGUGUCGAAGGAAGGUCAGGCACUGUUUGAUGCCUUGAAGAGGAUCAACAUGCAGGUCCGAUGGCACAGCCAACAGAUCGUAGUCAACGACAUCGCCAUAGUUCACCCACCCUACGAAGUCAACGACAUCAAGGGCGGCGCUGAGAAGCAAGCCGAAACGGCGAGAAUCAAGAAAAUUGUCGAGGGCGAGAAGAGGAAGCUAAAGGAGAAAGAGGAGAGGGAACGUAAAGCAGCGACACCGACUGGGCCGCGCAAAGGUGGUUGA